AUGACACUAGGCCCCCAAUAUCAGAAGGGGGAGGUGUACAUCACCACACUCAAGGAAAGCCUUGACUGGACCCCAUGGAUUAGGGGUAUCAAAUCAUGGGCUCAAACGCACCACAUCUGGGAGUACGUUAACCCAGAAGGGACCGUGGUGCUCGAGGAGCCCCUGAGGCCUAGCUGGGAAGAGCUACUCGAGAAGAAGCUUCAAGAUGCCAAGGACCUCUUUAGGUACAAAGAGAAGACCUUCCAGGAUCAAUUGGACCGCUUCAAGGCUAGAGAAAAAGCCAUGAUGCAGAUCGAGGAGGUGAUCAAGAAGUCCAUCAGUGAGGGGCUCCAGGGCGAGACCCUGAUACAGCUGACGCCCCGGGACAAGAUCAAAGAACUCAAACAGAAGGUUCUCCCCUCAGCGGAGGAAGAAAAGAACCUUAUCGAUGAAAGGUAUCAUCAAAUCAUCAACAAGAAAGGAACCCGGGACUGGAAGGCCUGGGCAGAGCAGCUGGACCAAGUCAUCCUGAUUCAAGAGACCUAG